GGGUCAGAGGGGACGUCUCAUGACGUUGGAUGGUGUUUGGGGUGCACCUGACAUGGGGUCACCUGGGGGGUGUCUCUGAGUGCCUCAGAGAGCCCCUGUCCCUCAGUCCCUCCAAGAUCCUAGGAUGACAGGGGUCCUCCUUCCUGCGGUGACAGGUUCCUGUGCGUGCGUGUGUGUGUCUGUGUGCACACGUGGCCUCUCCGUCUGACUGUGUACGCAUCUCUGAGGGGGUCCGUGUCUCCCCCUCGUGAGCGGUGCUCCCGUGGAGGCAGGGCGCAGGUGCCCCGACCGAGGCCUUUCACGCCCCUCACGAGCGCACGUGGGGCCGGUCUGUCUGUAUUCGGUCCCAGGGCUGCUGGGAACUCUGUCGGCGUGUGACUUCACUGAGACGUUUCCUGUUUCUCCCCACGCCAGAGCGCAGACAGCGGUGGUUUGGUCGCGAGCUGUUUCAUCUUCCUCGUGUUUGUCUGGGCAUCACGAUCAUCAUCAUCGUUGCCUACGUCGAGAAGCCAAAAGACGGAGGAUCCCAGCCCGUGUGCAGCGGGGUCCUCAGGGGUGCGCGCUCCGCGUCGGAGCCCCUGGAGGAGAGGGAGUGACAGCCCGGGCUGGGGCGGUCCGGGCGCGGCGGGAGGACGGGGCGGGGCCUCUGCGGGGUCUUCCGGGUUCUCCCCGCUGAGGCCCCUCCCCCACCCGGAGCCGCCCCGAAAGGAAACAGCCCGGCAGCCGUCACGGUGCUUCUACGCCGAUCCCCAGGCCCCUGGGAUCGAGGCCCCUGGGCUCAGUGACAUUCGGCCCUUCGGCCAUCUGAACGGCUCCUAUGUCAGCAGAGACUGGGACCUGGACCACAUCACCCAGUGGAGCCAAUGCGACCCUCGCUGCUUCACCGCCCACCGCAACCAGAAGACCGCGUGCCUUCCAUGUGCCGAGUUCCAGGACGGUGGUCCCUGCUGCCCAGCCCCUGCUGGCCUCUCUCUGUGAGGUCAGGAUGGGCAGGUGCCUGGUGCCCCGACUGUCUGCCCUCCCUGUGUGCCUCGCCGUGGUCCAGCUGCUCAGCCCCUGCUCAGCUGAGUUUGCUGUGGUCGGACCCCCCGAGCCCAUCCUGCCCAUGGUGGGUGAAGACGCAGACCUGCCCUGUCACCUGUCCCCGGAGAUCAGCGCUGAGGCCCUGCAGCUGAUGUGGGUGCAACCAGGCCGCAGGCAGGUAGUGCACGUGUACGCACACGGGCAGGAGGACACGCCGGCAGAGCAGUUUCGAGGGAGAACUUCGAUUAUAAGAGAGGACGUCACUGCGGGGAAGGCCGCUCUCCAGAUUCACAAUGUCAGCGUCUCUGACAACGGAACCUACCUGUGUUGUUUCCAAGAUGGAGACUUCUAUGCAAAAGCCCAGGUGGAGCUGCAGGUGGCAGAGUUCCCGAUGCCGCCCACCAGUCUCAGAGGAGGGUGCAGGUCGGAACUGGGCACCAGUGGACUGUGUGAGACUUUAAAUGCUGCAUCAGGAACUCCGGGCUCCCCUCCUCCAGCCCCCUCCAACACGGGAAGGAACCGGGUCGUUCCCAGCGGGACCUCUGCACACUCGGGCAGGUGUGCCCGCAGGUGUCCCGAGGGGACAGUGGUCCUGCAGCAGUGCAACUCCACAGCGGACACGGUGUGCGGCCCGCCCGGUCCAGCGUCAGAGCGCAGACAGCGGUGGUUUGGUCUGGGAGCUGUUUCAUGUUCCCCCGGUUUGUCUGGGCAUCAUCAUCACCACCCGUGUCUUCAUGGAGAAGGGAAAAGACGGAGGAUUCCAGCCCAAGUGCAGCGGGCCCCCCAGCGGUGCGCGCUUGGAGUUGGAGCCCCCGGAGGAGAGCUCCCACGUGUGCAGAGUCUAAGACCUGGAUGGCGUCACGGAUUGCAGCCUGAGCGAGCCUGGGUGCUCCUUGGCCCACCGCCACCUGGAGCCCGCAUCCCUGCCGUGUGCCGAGUGCCAGGAGGCCAUCAGGGCGCAGGCUGUCCGCUCUCUGGUUGACCUUCUUCCCGGGUGGUUUCUGCUUUCGGACGCAACCGCAGGAGGGGCUGAUGACACCUCCCUCUGGUUCCCGUCACUGCUGCCCGGAAGUGCACGUGGUGUCCACGUUGUGUCCUGCGACCUCACUGCCUUCAUUUCCACGUUCUCACGGGAGUUUGCGGGCCUCAAACGGUCCUACGUACCGCGUCCUGCCGUCUGCGAGCAGUGCGAAGGCUCCUCCUCCCUCGGAUGUGCUUGCUGUUUGUCUCGCGGGGUGCGGGGAGGUGGUGAGGGUGGGCGCCUGUCUCCCUCCUGAUCGGAGAGAGGGAGCUUUCGGCUUCUCACCGUUGCAUGUUGUGUCAUGGGGUGUCUAGGAAUUACGUUUUUUAAAAGAUUUAUUUUAUUUAUUUUUAGGGAGAUGGGAAGAGAGAGAUAAAGAGAGAGUGACAGAUCAAGGAGUGGUUGCCUCUCGCACGCCCCCUACUGGGGACCUUGCUCACAGCCCAGG